CUCCAAGUUCUCUUUUGAGCUCAUCCCCGCACACACUGGGAUUUUGUUCGAUUUCCCCCCUUGUCUCAACUCAACAGGCAAAACGGUAGCCGAUUUGGCCCGACUUCCAAUUCAAUCAGAAGGAACAUGAUUUCUCACAAACAACGAGCAUACAACCUAACUCACUAUACCUAGCGUUAGCCUCGCAAAGCACCUGCCUCCGUCUUUUUCGAGUCAAGCGAGUUCUGUACUGGAGUUGGCCAAUUUGGUAGUCUAAACUUGUUGCCAGAUUCUCCAGCUCGUGAACUUAUCUUUUGCUCCAACCAACUCCACUUUACACAAACGCACGCAACGCAAACCAAGGCAAGACAAAGGGCCGCCGAGGUUUAAGAGACAAUUCAUUACAGAAAUACAACACAACCAUUACCGAUCGAUUCCCCUAGCCCCUCGGCAACAACCCGACCUAAGUCAUUCAUCAAUUCUACCAACGCUAUAGCGGUUUGAAAGGAGGGGGAAAAGUCGCGACUUUGCAACAUCAUUUCGAGGCAAGAAAAAAAAAAAAGUCACAACCUAAAUCGCUGCCCGUAUACUGCAACAAACGCCAUACCUCUGAGCCGCAGCUGCAGGCGCCCUCUUGGCAAGCCUUAAGAUCCUGCACAUCGUAUUCUACCUGGACACUUUCCAAAUAUUAUCUCUCCCUCUCCCUCUCUACUUGAUCCGAAUAAUCCUGCAGUGCCAUCCGUCUGCGGCCUCUGCCUGAUCCGCCAUCCUAUUUAAAACACGAAAAAAAUCCCCCACGAAGCGAAUCAAAAGCCCCCCGCGGCAAUUCCUCAACCACGGACACUAUACUGAAUCGUCGUUUCACUCCGGUCGAACUGCUCUGCGCUCUCGACCACCUUUACCGACCUCCCUAGAACGUCCACGAGAUCACCAAGAAACUGAACUAUCGCUAGGACACACUUUAUUUUCCGAGAGACGGGGCGCUGCAGCAGGCCACGUGGACCUAUUACAUUUACUACCCCCGCUAGGACAAGUUCGAUUGAAACCCUUUUAAAUAACCGGAACGCGCACGAUCCAUCCCGAGUCCUCAACGUCCCUCAAUCCACAAGGGCGCUGCAUCCCGAACAAUGGGUAACUCGAGCUCCAAGGAAGGAGGGGGUGGCUCAUCGUCCAGGUCGGGCUCCGGCGCCGACAGGGGCUCGGACGGUCUGCAGUCUUAUCCUUCAUUCAGCCGAUCCGACACCAAAGAGUCUUCUCGAUCCUUUCGCUCUCUGCGGUCAAAGAUUCCAGGAUCCGGGCGGACUGAUAGUCCUAGAACUUCAGCCAUCAUCACCAACGGCGAUUUCGGGGACAAAUCGGAUGCCGCCUCUGUGAAGAGCGGGGUGUCGCGACAAGGCCGUACCGAUUCCAAUCUAUCGGCGACUUCUCCCACCGAUACGAUCCAGUCGCCAAUCGACGAGCCGCAACCGCCCCCCUCUCCGGUGCACGCUUCCCACAAACAAGGUGCCAAACACGACGUAAGCGCCGCGCAAGCCUCUGGUGAGGUCGACCAUGUAUCAGAUCAACCCCCCGGUCAAGGUGGCGUUCCCAACCCCACGGCCCAGAGCCAGACUCCAGGUCAAUCCAUUUUGGUCAAGCGCGAGGACGCAGUCAACCCCGUGAGAUCAUCGGGGAGUCCUCGCGAGGAUGGCGUUGCCAUGAGUGAAAUUAAGGAUAUAGACCUUGAUGAUUUCAUAAAGCGGCUACUAGACGCGGCCUAUGCCGGAAAGGUCACAAAGAGCGUCUGCCUUAAAAAUGCCGAGAUUUCGGCAAUCUGUCAUCGCGCCCGAGAGUGCUUCCUUUCACAACCUGCACUGCUGGAGCUGGACGCCCCCGUCAAAAUUGUCGGUGACGUUCAUGGUCAGUACACCGACCUGAUUCGCAUGUUUGAGAUGUGCGGCUUCCCGCCAAACUCCAACUUUUUGUUUUUGGGCGACUACGUCGACCGAGGCAAGCAAUCGCUCGAGACCAUCCUGCUACUCCUCUGCUACAAGCUCAAAUACCCCGAGAACUUUUUCCUGCUGCGGGGCAACCACGAAUGCGCUAAUGUCACGCGCGUGUAUGGCUUCUACGAUGAAUGCAAGCGUCGUUGUAACGUCAAGGUGUGGAAGACUUUCAUUGACACGUUCAACACUCUCCCCAUUGCCGCCAUUGUGGCCGGAAAGAUUUUUUGUGUCCACGGCGGUCUGUCUCCCGCUUUGGUGCACAUGGACGAUAUCCGCAACAUCGCCCGUCCUACCGACGUGCCCGACUACGGACUACUCAACGACUUACUGUGGUCCGAUCCGGCAGACAUGGAACAAGACUGGGAAGCGAACGAACGCGGCGUAAGCUACUGCUUUGGUAAAAAGGUUAUCACUGAGUUUCUGGCUCAGCAUGAUUUUGACCUAGUGUGUCGGGCGCACAUGGUGGUGGAAGAUGGAUACGAGUUUUUCAAUGAUAGGGUACUUGUGACGGUUUUCAGCGCUCCCAACUACUGUGGUGAAUUUGACAACUGGGGUGCCGUCAUGUCAGUAUCAUCAGAGCUACUGUGCAGCUUCGAACUUCUUAAACCGCUCGACUCCAACGCAUUGAAGAGCCACAUUAAGAAGGGCAGGAACAAGAGGCAACACAUGCUCAACAGUCCGCCUGCGAGCGUAUUCCCACAAAGCGUAUAGUCCUUUUAUAUAUGAGGGUGAUGGAUAUACAGGUAAACGGGAGCAGUUGGCGGAGACCGAAAGAAAACCGGCAAGAUCACUCCAAGAUCAGAAAAGGCCACUUGAGGCCAUCUCCAUUAAUACGAGCCGAGCCAGUUUCCUCGAGAGGCACUAAGGGGGUUCUUCCAACAUGUGCCUUCCGGACGCGACAAAGUCAGUAUCGGAGAACUAUCGAUCGCUCGGGGGAACACAUCAAACAAAGCUACGACCAGGAGCAAAUAUACACAAGAUCGAUUCGCGGGCUUGGGGUCAAGGUGGGCUAAAGAGACAGGAUUCUUAUAUUUUUUUUUCCUACAAGUCGACUGGGACAAAGGAUUCGCGGGAAAUUGGGGAACAUGGCAAGAUACAAGCGACGAGUGCUAGCAAGUAUCGUAGGUACUCCCGGAUAGUACGAUGUGUGCGAGCGUGCUGUUUGUAUUAUAUACUAAAUGUACAAUGAUGCUGCCGCCAGG